AUGGAGGUAGUUGGUGGAGUCGCAAGCGUUAUCGCAAUCGUCGACUUGGCGGGCAAAAUUGCGAAAAUUUGUGCUGGAUAUAUUGGCGAAGUUAGGGAAUACGAGGCUGAAGUAAAGGCCUUGACAGAUAGAGUCCAAUGCCUGCAGAAAGUUCUCCAGCAACUAGACGACCUUUUAAAAGAACCACAUCAAGGAAAGCUCACAAGCUCAAAAGAACUUCAGAAUAAUCUGAUUGCUUGCAAGGAUGAGCUGCAGAGUUUGGAGAACCGCAUUAAAAAGGUCCCCCCGGCACCAACUGGUGCAGCUGGGCCAUCGAAUAGCCGGCUGAAGAGGCACCGGAAGUUCUUCGAUUCACUGAAGAAUGCAGUAAAAGGAGAAACGUUAUCGAAUGUUGGAAGGGUACUAAUAUGGCCAAUUGAGAAGGCAGAUGUCAACAAAAUUAUCUCAAGACUGGAGGGAAUUGAAAAUGCUAUUCAAUUCGCACUUCAAGUCGACCAAACGAAGGUUCUACUAGAUGUCGACGUUAAAAUAAAUCUAGUAAAUCUACCAAUCGCGGAAGGGGCGUCAUUUAAUUGGUAUGGUGACGAUCACGAACCAAAAUGUUUACCAAACACUCGAGAAGAACUCCUCGAGAAGAUAGACGACUGGGUGAACGGAUCUUAUGGCAAACAUAUAUUUUGGUUAUCAGGCGCCGCGGGUACUGGUAAAUCGACCAUUGCGAGGACUGUGGCGGAAACAUACACUAAAGCCAAUAUACUUGGGGCUAGUUUCUUCUUCAGAAGAGGAGCGGGGGAUCGAUCCAAUGCUUCGAGAUUUUUUACAACGCUGGCGACAAAUCUUAUGCAACAUAUUCCGGACAUUAGACUUGCUAUUAGCAAAGCUAUUGAGAAGGAGCCUGAUAUUAUUCGGAAGAUUCUAAAAGAGCAAUUCGAUAAAUUAAUAUUUGAGCCGCUUUCGUCGACCAAACACUCAGAACGUAUUCUCCUAGUCAUUGACGCCCUCGACGAGUGUGAUAACGACAAGGAUGUCCUCACCAUAGUUAAAUUUCUGGGGCUAUUGAAAAAUCUCAACGGCGUCGACAUCAGAAUUUUGAUUACAAGCCGACGGGAAGUGUUUAUAAAUGCUGGAUUCCAAAAGAUUUCUGGUGACUUUCAGGAUUUAAUCCUACACGAUAUUGAGGAGCAAAAGAUCCUACACGACAUCAUGAUCUUCUUGAACCAUGAGUUGGGAAGGAUUAAAACGGACCAUGUUUACUGCGAUACACUCCCGCCAGAUUGGCCGACCCGGAUCACUAUCGAAACUCUAGCGAAGAUGGCAUGUCCUUUAUUCAUCGUUGCGUCAACGAUAUGCCGGUUCAUUGAAGACUCUGAGUCGCUCCCUGGAGACUUGUUAAUGGAAAUUCUUGAGGGCAGACAGAAAUUAUUUGAGGCAAACCCUGAAAAAUCACUUAGUCUGGUAUACCUCCAAAUAAUAAAGCAACGGGUGAAGAAAAAAACACCGACGCAAAUAUCUAUAAUGCGAAGAGAGUUCCAAGAUAUUAUAGGGACAAUAGUCCUCCUUCAAACCCCUUUGCCGCAGAAUUCGCUUUUGCAACUUAUCGACAUAGAAGAGUCUAAAGCACAAGCGAGACUUGAUGGAUUCCAAUCUGUUAUUAAUCUCCCAACAACCCCGGAUGGUGUAAUCAAAACCUUCCACUUAUCAUUUAGGGAGUUUCUUCUAGAUUCGCAAACGAAGGAACAAUCUCCUCUCUGGAUUGAUGAAUACCGAGUGCAUGGCUUUAUUGCUAAACGGUGUAUCGCCAUCAUGAAGAAACACCUUCGAAAAAAUAUUUGCGAUCUGCCGUCACCAGACUAUAGCCAGAAAGAUAUCUCUACUAGUAUCAUCAAAAAAGGUUUCCCUCAAGAGCUCCAAUACGCGUGCAGGUACUGGGUAUACCAUAUUAUUGAGAGCCGCGAGGAAGUUUGCGAUGAUGGAGAAGCGCAUUUGUUUCUUCAGGACUAUAUCCUUGAAUGGCUAGAAGCCACGAGUAUUCUAGGAGUCUGUUUAUACAAUAUCGACGCUAUUGUUAUGUUAGAAUCAGCAAUAUCAAAAGAAUCUGGAGACGGAGUCCGCGCACUCCUUUAUGAUAUUAGAAGAUUCAUUCGAUUUAACUACGAAAUCAUCGCUCAAUUACCGCUACAAACCUAUUACUCGGCCUUGUUAUUUUCUCCUGAGAGCUGCCUGCUUCGACAGAAGUUUUACGCCUCACAUCUUGAUUGGGUACUGGAUGGGCCUCAGGUGCCUAAGGACUGGGACCGCCUGCUACAAACCAUUGAUGUUGAGGGUAGGAUCGACGGGGCUAAGCUUGUAUCGCUGAAUUUCCUAUCAGGUGGACAAAAAUUAGUGGCCUGCUUCGAGGCCUAUAUUCGUCACCUUGAUUCAAUUUCCGACAGACUGGUAGAAAUAUGGGAUAUCAAGGCAGGCGCUCUAUUGAAAACCGAAUAUUAUUGUUACGGAUUACUACCAGUAUAUUCACCUGACAGCACUUGGUCUGCCGGCGUAGUAGAGAACAAGUCUAUAUUGAUCUCGGAUCUUCUGACAGGACUGGAAGUGAAGAAAAUCCCUAUAACUGCUAACUGCCGUUCUCAAAAACCGCUAGCAUUCUCAAAUGAUCGAAAAUAUUUUCUUUCAACUAUCGCACCCAGGGGUGGAGGAAAUACAUUGCUAUUAUGGGAAACCAUAAGCUGGAAUCUCUUGGAUUCUUGGGAUAGCGGGCAGAGAACUAGUACUUUACAUGGCGCCUUUUCACGCGAUGACAGUUCAAUAGUGACAUGGACUCAGUAUGGAGUCUUAGACCUUGUAAGCUCUAGCAUGAGGUUUUGGGAUGCCGAGUCUCGCACUAUAUUACAAUGCAUUGAAAAGGAUUCGGUCAUGUGGAAAUUAGCAUUCUCCCCAAACGGUGAAUACUUAGCGUAUAUAGACGAGGGAACCGUCUCUGUAUUACGUCUUCAUCAACGAAAGCUGGAGAAGAUAAUUGUCUUCCCAACCCUUGAAUUGGACGGCGGUUCACAAACUCAAAUAACGUUCGCGUCUAAUGAAGAGAUUGCGGUUACCUUUGGUGGCAGAACUUCGGUCUGGUGUCCGUACACCGGAAAGUGCAUCCGGAUCUGCAGGAAUCGAGAGAAUAGCAUCCGAGCUCUGGCGUUUUCUCCAGAUUGCCAAACUUUAGCAACGUACGACUCGCAACUGGUCUCCAAAAUAAAGUUAUGGGAUAGUCCUUGGCCAGAAGAACUUUUUGCAGGGUUUGAAGAGGAAAACAAGGGCAACUGUCCACGGCAAAUUGUCUUCAAAAAUAUCUCCUACAAUUGCGAUUUUGCGGCAUCGGCAGCUGGGACCCCAGAAGACUUCAAACUAUGGCAAAUCCACCCGGAUGGAUUAAUGCCGCGUUCGCAAAAGUUGUUCAAUUACGAGUACGAUGAUAAAUCUCUGUCUAUAUGGAGUUUAUUUGGCUGGGAAACUGCUAGGGCCUUCUCUCGCAACAGUAAACUUUUUGCAGCGGUCAGUUGCUACCUUCCGGAAACACUAACCAUCAUUAGGACUGACACUGGUGAUGUGGUAUAUGAAGACUCGGCUUUUGGGUGCGGAAUAUGGCUACGGGGGGGGCGAAACCUAGUAUCAGGGUUACUAACAUUCUCGCCAAACGAGAGGUUUUUGGUUUUUACCUUACCACACAAUGCCCAGGCCCUAGUACUGGACUUAGAGUCUCGUAAUAGGCUCAUCGUGCUGCGUUCAGACAAUAUCGCAAGGUGUCAAGGCAGUUUCGAUUACGUCAUGUUUUCUACACGAGGAAACACAUUGGCCCUUAUAUCAUCGUUUAGUUGUGAGCUGUGGUGUACAGAACGUUGGGAGGCGAUAAGUUGUGAAGAGUACUCGAAGAAAGCUGAAUCUACGGGAUUCUUGGGAGCGACAAAGCCUAUAGAUGGUUCUAAAUCUAUAUCCGACUCUUUGCGUUUUGCGACAUCAGAAAAUUGGAUAUACAAAUACUCAUCCAAUGAAGGUAUAUUGAGGGAAGAGAAUUUCGAUCUCUAUGAUGCUUCGGGGAUACAUGGCAGCCCUGGCGCUGGGCCAGUAGCCUGGCGAGACGGAUGGGUGGCGCAAAACGGCGUGAGGUCUAUAUGGGUACCUCCUGCUUAUCGCGGGAAUGAUCCGAAAUGCUCGCGGGUUCAGGGUAAUAAGAUCGCAUUUGCGAUAGAGGAUCGUAUAGACGUAUGGAAGUUUAAGGAUCCGAUAUGGUAG